AGAUGUUGCCAAAAAGUGCAUCUUGGAAGAACAGGUAGCAUUUCAGAUUGGUAUCUUGAAGCAAGUAGAACGUGCUCUGGCUCUGGCGCUUUGUUCACUUGGUUCUUACAAGAAAAUGAAAUCACCUUAUCGCAGAAUUAGCCACCGAGAUGGCCAUCGUUCUCGGUACGAAAGUCGUGAUAGUCGACGAUCUCGGAGCGUUGACCGGUACGGCCGUCGUCACCGUAAUCACUACAGCCGCAGCCGUAGCCGUAGCUAUUCGCCUAGUUUUCGCCACCGGUCUCAUUCUCGCUCACCGGAUUGGGGUCGAUCCAGGCGCCGGAAGGUAUCUCCGGAGCGCCGUACCAAAAUACGCGUAGAUUCACCGGAACCAAGUCGAUGCUUGGGCGUGUUCGGGCUGAGUGUGUACACCACGGAACCGUACUUGAUAGAUAUUUUUUGUCCAUUUGGAGCGAUCGAGAAGGCAAUCGUGGUGUACGAUGCCAAGACAAGACUUUCGCGUGGUUUCGGAUUUGUCUACUUUAAAAAUGUAUCUGAAGCAGCUAAAGCUCGGAUGCACUGCAAUGGAUUGCAAAUGCACGGACGGCGCAUCAGGGUGGACUUUUCGAUCACCGAUCGACCCCAUUCACCAACUCCAGGCGUUUACAUGGGAAAUGCGCCGAACCGUUUUGAUGAAAGUACUCGACAUCGUGGUUCAUAUUCAAGAUCACGUUCGUCUUCGUCUAGCAACCGUUAGUGCAAGGAAAGUACCAACACCUGAAAUAUUUCAAUAGAAUCAUAAGUUGGUACGGACUAGUCACAGAACAAUCCAUUCACUUUAUCAUAAUGGGAAAUUUGCAGACCUUACAAUAUCGUUUCGAGUUAAUACAUCCUGUGUUACAACAACCUGUUCAUUGCUGUGAAAUACCACCCAAUAAAAUAUAUUUAUAAAACUAGAGAAAUGCUAGUAUGUUGGCCAAUUGCGCGCCAAACUUGUUUAAAUCAGAUCAUGCAAUAGAUCACGAUUUUCAUUGUUUAUUAAUGUGUCGGUGUGGUAUCAAAUGCUGGACUCAA